GCUGAUUGUAAUUAUCUUAGAACAAGGACAGCAAACUUGAACAGGUCUUCUUGUAGUGACCGAACUUUGUUCUAUCAAGGCGUCCCAAACUGCACCCCGUUGAACGCUUUCCUCGCAUGUAACUCGGGGAUAACCCCCCCAUUAAAGGUCGGCCUCUUGAAUAUUCCGUCGCGACCUGUCGGUGUAUACCUGGAUAGAGAGUGGGCUGAGGGUUGACCGAGCCACUCUGGAGUGGCCAGAUCUUUAGGCGGUAUCCGAGGGCAGCCAGCAGAGGGGAAUAUCACUUGGACGAAAUAUAACUACACCAAACGGCCUUGACAAUUGUUCACGGCACCACAGCAUAGAACCAAGACAAAGAAAUUGUCUAAUCGAAUACACAUCUCGUCUGAUCCAACAUGUCUGCCACUGCCACCGUGACUGCAACUUCGCAGGUCUGCCUGACUCCCAAGCAGGCGGGCAUGGUGCCUGGCCUCGAGGAAAGCACGCCUGGUGCGGUCGAUGUCGCGAACCGGCUUCUGCAGAAGAACCACGACGAGUUCCACAUCUUCUGGCGCGACUUUGCCGGCCACAACCACACGGCGCACAACAUACUGACCAAGCUUGCCCUCGGCGCCAGCGCCGCCGAGCUGGAGCAGGGCUUCGUGGACAACAAGCGCGACCAGCGGGCGCGGCCCGACGUGGACGAGCAAGUCGUCGGCGAGAUGGCGACCGAGGACGGCUUCUACAAGUACCUCGGCGAGGGGGCCCAGUACACCAACUACAUGGUCUUCUUCGAGCGCGAGAUGGCCCGCAAGGGCUGGCGCGACGUUGUCAACGAGUACUGCUUCAGCCGCACCCGCAACGCCGACGCCCUCCUGGCGCGCCUGUUCGACGGCGCCUUCCACCCCCUCAUUCACCUGGGUCUGGGCGUCGAGUUCGACCAACCCAGCAUCGUGGCCGAGGGCCUCGCCCAGGCCGCCACGGACGUCAGCUUCGAGAUUGAGGCCUUCUUCCGCAACGCCGAGAAUGAGGCCCUCAAGGCCGGGCCCGUCGUCCCCGCCACAAAGCCCCGACCGCUGGUCGAGCUGUUCCACGAGGCGCACGCCGACGAGACCAUCCGCACCGCCGCGCGCUGGGACGACUUCCAGUGGAAGAUGCGCGACGGCGUGCUGGGCCGCGCGGCGCGCGAGAUCGCCGCGCUGGCAGCGCAGUUCCGCGUGACGCCCGACAACCUCGAGCGGCGCACCGCCGAGAUGAUCAGCUGCUGCGCCUACUUCGCGGGCGCCGCGCAGCGGCCGGGCAAGGCGCGCAAGAUCGACUUCUUCUACAUGCACGACGUCACGGGCUCCAUCUUCCUGAGCGUCCUGGCCCGCCAGCCGUGGAUCCGGGUCGAGGACAAGUGUCGCCUGGUCGAGUACAAGGCUCGGCUCGAUUUGGUCUGGUAUGCGACCUGCGGCACGCCGGAGCUGAAUCUCGACUACAUUGUGAACUACAAGGGAGUCGGCAGCGCCAAUUGGAGCUGGGACGAGCUGUUCUGCGUCGUCAAUGGGGCCCGCGACGAUGGGCAUGUGGCCAAGUUUGUGCGCGCUCUCAAGAACGGCGAGCAGGUGUCGAGGCCGUUUGAGGACGGAGAGUGGGCGGAUGCGUUCCCCGUCAAGGGCGAUAGCUGGCUCAAGCUGUCACGCAUGGCGUAUGACUCGACCGUCGACUUUGUGCAGGAGGAGAAGUGGAUCGUGUUUGCUGGGUUUGACCUGCCGUGGAAGAAGAUUCCCGCGCAACUACAUGGUUUCUAGGAG